UGGGUUGAGUUUGUUAACCAAGUCUAGCACUUUUCAAAAGGUUGUAUUGCUCCUAAAUGUCUUGUUCCCCAAACACAUCUAGCUCUCUGAAAACAAUCGUUUUCUCUUAGUUGCUUUUAAGCCGUGGUGGCUACUGAAAACCUCCUAGACAUCCAGCAUUCAAUUUUAGUAAGCGGAGUUUUUUUUAAAUGGGGAUUUGGCACUGACAUUUUAAUUGAAAAAUGAGAAUUAAUAUAAAUGCUUAAUCAAGGGAAACUGCCCAACUCUACGAUCUGUAUUAAAUAUGUUUUGGAAGUAAGAAUGUGUAGAUUGCAGUCUAGGUCAAAGAAGCCAAAGAGAUUUUGAUUGUUGGUAGUUUCUGAAGGCUGCUAAUUUGAGCAUGAUGGUUUACUGGUAGGAUCCUAAAUGACUCUGCAGGCCAUUGUAAAGUUAGAUUUCAUAGAGUUGAGCCUGAAACAUUGGAGAGGAAACGUUCAAACUCGGGAGUACUCAAUGAUUCAAGGCCAAUGGUUCUAGAGGAAAUUCAUUUGUUGUUUUAUAUGAAAAAAGAAGACAGAUAUUUUCCCAAGACUUUAUUUGGCUUAUCAAGCCUAAGUGGAUCGUGGCAUAUAUUUCAUGGAAGCUCAAGGAAUAUAGAAAAGUUAUAGAGAGAAAAGAUGAGCAUGCAGUGUUUCCUAUUGUUUAACAAAUUGGAAGAAUGAAUCAGGGGAACCAGGAUAGUAGUCAUGCCCCUUGAAGAUGGUCAAGCAGGUUCAGAAACCAUGUUUCCUCACCUUUGUCUUUGGUUCCUGAACAUUUCAGUAGAAUGUUUAAACCACUGAAAGUCUAGGAUGUGCAGAAGCCUUCUAGGUAUGAGGUGACCUUGCACUAUUAGAGAAACCCUUGGUUCCUGUUAGUUCCAACCUCACUGAAGGACAUAUUCUGAAGAGCCAGCUCAUUAAGCAAGCUUUUGAAGGGUGUGCGCUGCAGAGCAGUUUCCUGUUAUUUGGUUAAUGGUUGACCUAGUUCUAUUGCCAUAUGCUUCCUGGAACGCAUUCUAAUAUAAAGUAUGUGUUAAAGCAAGACUAGGAUAAUAGCAGGAAAGUCAAAGCCUUUCUGAAGCAGAGACCCUGUGAAUGUUGGCCCAGUGAAGGCAGAAGAGUGUAUGAACAGAAAAUGAAAAGACUUCUCUUCAUGGUCUUAUUUUCUGAUUCUGAUUUUAAUCCUCCUGUUGCAUCCCAGUCUAUUCUCAGGAGUUGCAUUUUCCCAGGGUACCUCAUACAGAAGCCCUGCAUCUGUGUCCUUAGUUAUUUCCCAUGCAUGCGAGGCUAAGUUUGACGUUCAGGUACCCUGAGAAAAGUUAUUGCUUAAAGGGAAGAUGUGAUUUGAUGUGCCUAAGGACAGUUGAUUUUAUUCUUGUGUUCUUAUUUCUGUUUCUGUAUGGCCAGCAAGGGAUUAGUCCAUCUUUUGGUCUGAAAUUUGGUUGGAAUCCAGUCUAAGUCUGAGACUCCUUUGAAUUUUUUUUUUUUUUUUUUUUCAUUUUACCUGGACUCAGCAGCCUUGGUUGGUUCAUUUAGAUGGAUAAGGGAGCCCACACAACCCCGGGGGCUGCUGAGCAAACUUUGCACCAGACACAGUGUUUGUUUUAACAGCUUCAGAAUGUGAAGAAUCUGUGGGUCUCAUGUGCUGAGUGCUGGAUAUUUGGGUGGUGGUGGAGGCGACUGCUGUUCUCUUCGUUGCUCAGAAAGCAAAUGUUUGAGGAACCACAAACGUGGGGAAUCAGGUGGGAGGGGGUGGACAGGUCCUUUUAAAUUUGUUUUUUGGCUUUUGAAUCACCAUUAAUUGUAUAGAGCUGUGAUUCCUACAAACUGGGCUGAUCUUCAGAAUCAUUUGGAGAACUUGGAAACAAAAAAGAAGAUUAUUAAAAAUAAAUUUUCAGUUUCUACCAUUGGAGAGGGAUUUAGUAGGUCUGGGGUGGGACCCCAGAACGUGUGUUCUUUGAAGUCAGGUUUAGGAACCACUGGUCUUGGAAAUCGUUAGGUUGGCACAGAGGAGAGAAGCAGCCCCUGGUGCUUUCCUGUCUCACAUGCAGGAUGUAGGAAAAGGAAAAGAGAUGCUGUCAGAACUUGGUAUUUGUAGCUGCUGAUAAUUUGAGCUAUGGAAUAGGCUUUCGUCUUUCCUUCCCCAGGAAUUAAGUACCUCCAGGGCACCUUAAGGGUACAGUAUACCAAGUGCUUUAGGUUUGGAGAAAUGUCAUCUUAGUGGCAGACCACUUACUAUGCUUCACCACCGUUAUCCCCCAUCCCCCUUCCCCUCCCUCCGCCAUGGAGGCCCAUGUUAGCAGAAUAUCUGUCAUUCAUCAAUUAAAUUAGAUGCAGUUUUUUUCAUAUUAGUACCUUUGGCAGAAACAAACGGAGGUUACAUUGUGCUGAUUUCUAUAUACAAAGAGAUUGCUGCUGAGCCAUCCAAUUAGCUGUGUGUGUGUGUGUAUUCUGUUAACAAUAAAGAGAUGCACCUGUAGACCAAGGGUUUGCUCCAUAUGACUGCCUGCCUGUCCCGUUCCCUCUGAUAUUGGGCCAUUUGUGGGUCACUGACCCAUUUGUGAAUCAGAAUGACCUUGACUACAGGAUCACCCUGAUCUGGGGUCUAGUAAUGUGCCUGAUAAGUGAUAGAUCUUCAGUGCUUGGUUGGUGACGAAUGAAUGAAUGACCCAGUUAAAUAAACAUUGUCCCCAACAGAGAAGAGGUAGCUUAGAGAGAAGAUUCUGCUUCAAAGCAAUGUGUUUGGUCAAUGUAACCUUUUUAGGGUGUUUCUUCAUUAAUCUCAACAAAAAGGAAGAUGCUCCUGUUGCAGAAUUUGACUGAUCACUUUGCCUGGCUUUUUCUCAGGAAGCCAAUUAUUUUUCUUUUUCAAAAUUUUAUUGGAGAGUAGUUGAUUUACAAUGUCGUGUUAAUUUCUGCUGUACAGCAAAGUGAUUCAAGUAUACAUAUAUGCAUAGUCUUUUUCAUAUUCUUUUGCAUCAUGGCUUGUAACAGGCUAUUGAAUAUAGUUCCCUGUGCUAAACAGUAGGACCUUAUUGUUCAGGAAAAUUAUUUUUUUUCUUUAUGGUGUUUGUCCCCCAAAUAAUCAUCAACAUUAUGGCAGAAAAUCCCCCACACAUAAAAGAGUGGCUACAGAACAAAUAUUUUAAAGAUGUUUGAUGUUCUUUCUCCAUUCUUCCUCUGAACUUUGAAGGUCUUCUUGUAGGGAGUGAGAAGCAGGUUGUUUUAGAAGCAGCAGAGAAGAAACAGUUGAGUAGAAAGAAGAAAGUUGAAUGUCUCUUCUUGACGGUCAUUUGUUAGGAACCGAGAACAGUGAUCACGGCCUCAGAACUCAUGGUCAUGUCCUUGGCAUGCUUAGAAGCUCCAAGAAUGGAAGAGAGUCUCUUCAAAGUUAUUUUGAGGAGUUGGACACUACCUACCAGGCUUCUAACGCUUACCCAAGUUAAGAGGUUGAAGUCCCUCCAAGGCUUUAAGUAGCAGCUGAACAUGUGAUCUUGUUAACCCCGAGAUGUUGCUGAGCAGUGACUCAGAUCACUGUGGCAAGCGAUCCUGGCCCAUUCCAGCUGCCCCAGCAGAAAUCAGCAUGAGGUCACCCUUCAGGCAUAUGGUACAGAGCUCAUGCCCCCAUCAGGACUUUAGAACCAAGACAACCUGAAUUGGCUCUUCUGCACGAGGGACUGCUGUUGAGGACCACUUGGUGCUUGGGACCCAUCUGAUUCCUCAGUGUUUCCAGUUCCUUCCUCCAUCCCUGACCCUCUCCCCUCACACACACCACCUGAAGACACAGGGAAGAUGCCAGACAGAGUCCUCACAGUGCUUUGCUCUUUGGAUGUCUCCUCAUCUAGAUAGACGGAGGCUUGUGUUUGCCCCCGGAGAAGGUUCCUAAUGUGAGAGAGUAGACCCAGAUGAUGGAGGUGCUUCAGUGCGAUGGCUGUGACUUCAGAGCCCCGUCUUAUGAAGAUCUCAAGGCGCACAUCCAGGAUGUCCACACGGCAUUUCUGCAGCCAACGGACGUUGCUGAAGACAAUGCGAAUGAGUCACGAUCUGGGUCCAUGAAUGCCAGUAACCAGACAGAGGUGGAGUUUUCAUCUAUAAAGGAUGAAUUUGCGAUUGCAGAGGACUUAACAGGUCAAAAUGCAGCCGCAUUGGGGACUGGAAGUUACUAUGGCCAUAGUCCAGGAUAUUACAGUCAGCAUAUUGCCCCUAAUCCCAAACCAACAAACAAGUUUUUUCAAUGCAAGUUCUGUGUACGCUACUUCAGGUCAAAAAACCUCCUCAUUGAACACACUAGGAAGGUCCACGGAGCUCAAGCUGAAGGGAGUUCAGCCGGACCCCCUGUUCCAGGAUCCUUAAAUUAUAAUAUCAUGAUGCAUGAGGGAUUUGGAAAGGUCUUCUCUUGCCAGUUUUGCACAUACAAGUCACCAAGGAGGGCAAGAAUAAUUAAGCAUCAGAAGAUGUAUCACAAAAACAAUUUGAAGGAGACCACUGCUCCCCCCCCUGCCCCUGCUCCAAUGCCAGACCCAGUGGUCCCACCCAUGUCCCUGCAGGACCCCUGCAAGGAACUGCCAGCAGAGGUUGUGGAGCGCAGCAUCUUAGAAUCCAUGGUCAAGCCACUGACCAAGUCUCGAGGCAACUUUUGCUGUGAGUGGUGUAGCUAUCAGACCCCCCGCCGAGAACGCUGGUGUGACCACAUGAUGAAGAAGCACCGCAGCAUGGUCAAGAUCCUGUCCAGUCUCAGGCAGCAGCAAGAAGGGACAAAUGUGCCUGAGGCGCAGAACAAGAACGACCUCAGCCCCAAUUCUAACUCCACCUAUCUGUCCAUGAAUGCUGCCAGCCGGGAGUUACCCAACACUAAUGUCUCCAACUUCAGGGGCUCCAUCGGCAACUCCAUCAUGAGACCCAAUUCUUCUUCCACUUCCAAGUUUUCACCCAUGUCUUACCCUCAGAUGAAGCCGAAGUCACCUCACAAUUCUGGCCUCGUUAACUUGGCGGAGAGAUCCCGUUACGGAAUGCCCGACAUGACCAAUUCUUCUGCUGACCUGGACACUAACAGCAUGCUGAAUGACUCUAGUUCUGAUGAAGAGUUAAAUGAAAUAGACAGUGAAAAUGGCUUAAAUGCUAUGGAUCACCAGACAGUAGGCAUGUCUGCAGAGCAGCUGAUGGGCUCAGAGGGCAACAAAUUAUUGGAGACCAAGGGGAUCCCGUUUAGAAGAUUCAUGAAUAGGUUCCAGUGCCCCUUUUGUCCUUUCCUCACCAUGCAUCGACGUAGUAUUUCCCGUCACAUAGAAAACAUCCACUUAUCUGGAAAGACAGCCGUCUACAAAUGUGAUGAAUGUCCGUUUACUUGCAAGAGCUCAUUAAAACUUGGGGCUCACAAACAGUGUCACACGGGUACCACAUCAGAUUGGGAUGCUGUGAAUUCCCAGAGUGAAGGCAUUUCCUCCUCACUGAAUGAAGGUGUCGUGUCUUAUGAGAGCUCAAGCAUCAAUGGCAGAAAGUCGGUCCUGUUGGAUCCCUUGCAGCAGCAACAGCCGCCCCCGCCGCCGCCGCCGCCGCCGCCACCACCUCCGUCACAGCCGCAACCGCCGCAGCUACAGUCGUCCCAUCAGGUGCCGCCCCAGCCCCAGCUGCCCCUGCCGCCUCCCCCGACACCUGCGCAAGCCCCACCCCUGCACCCCUACAAGUGCACCAUGUGUAAUUACUCCACCACGACUCUGAAAGGGCUGCGAGUUCAUCAGCAGCACAAACACUCUUUCUGCGACAACUUGCCAAAAUUCGAGGGGCAGACCUCAAGCCUGCCAUUGGACAGCGAGACAGACAGCCACCCCUCUUCCAGCAACACUGUGAAGAAAAGUCAGACCUCAAUUCUUGGGUUGUCCUCCAAGAACAAUUUUGUCGCCAAGGCCUCUAGGAAGCUCGCUAAUGACUUUCCACUUGACUUAUCGCCCGUGAAGAAGAGGACCAGGAUUGACGAGAUAGCAAGCAACCUGCAGAGCAAAAUAAACCAAACAAAACAGCAAGAAGAUGCGGUGAUCAACGUGGAAGAUGACGAGGAGGAAGAGGAGGACAAUGAAGUGGAGAUCGAGGUGGAGCUGGACAGGGAGGAAGAGCCGCCGGAGCCCGUCCUGGAGGUGCCCACGCCCUUCUCUGCCCAGCACAUCUGGGCUAGAGAUGCCCCUGAGCCCCCGAAGGAGCCCAACUUCAGAACUGUUGCCCAUGAUUAUAAUGCCACCAAUGGGGCUGAAAUAGAGCUCACCCUUUCUGAAGAUGAAGAGGAUUAUUAUGGCUCCUCCACCAACAUGAAAGAUCACCAGGUUUCCAAUACUACUCUGCUCAGCACCCAGACUCCUAUCUACGCAACUGAGCACAAUAAUGAAAAUACCGACUUUAGUGACUCGGGAAGGCUUUAUUAUUGCAAACACUGUGACUUUAACAACAAAUCUGCCCGGAGUGUCAGCACCCACUACCAGCGCAUGCACCCGUAUAUUAAGUUCAGCUUCAGGUACAUCUUGGACCCCAACGAUCACAGUGCAGUGUACCGGUGCCUGGAAUGCUACAUCGAUUACACCAACUUUGAAGACCUGCAGCAGCAUUACGGCGAACACCACCCAGAAGCCAUGAAUGUCCUCAACUUUGACCACUCGGACCUGAUUUACCGGUGUCGGUUUUGUUCCUACACAAGCCCGAACGUCCGAAGCCUGAUGCCACAUUACCAAAGAAUGCAUCCCACCGUGAAGAUUAACAAUGCCAUGAUAUUUUCGAGCUACGUGGUGGAGCAGCAGGAGGGGCUAGGCACAGAAUCCCAGACGCUGCGAGAGAUCCUGAAUUCGGCUCCGAAGAACAUGGCCACGUCCACUCCCAUGGCCCGUGGUGGCGGUAUGCCAGCUCCGUUCCCCAAAAACACUCCUUCCAAGACCUUUCCUCCAGAAUGUGAAAAUCAGAAGGACCCCUCGGUCAACACCGUUGUCGUGUACGACUGUGACGUUUGCUCCUUCGCGAGCCCCAACAUGCACUCUGUGUUGGUUCAUUAUCAGAAGAAACACCCAGAAGAAAAGGCUUCCUACUUUAGGAUCCAGAAAACCAUGCGAAUGGUGUCUGUGGACAGGGGCUCUGCCCUUUCUCAGUUAUCAUUUGAGGUGGGUGCUCCAAUGUCUCCCAAAAUGUCCACCAUGGGUUCCCCACCCCCCCCACAACCCCCGCCACCAGACCUCAGUACUGAGCUUUACUACUGCAAACACUGUUCCUACAGCAAUCGGUCAGUUGUGGGAGUCCUUGUCCACUACCAGAAAAGACACCCAGAAAUAAAGGUUACUGCCAAAUAUAUCAGACAGGCUCCUCCCACAUCUGCAAUGAUGAGAGGGCCGGAGGGGCCCCAUGGCUCCCCCCGGCCACCCGCCCCUAUGCAACAGCUCAACCGGAGCAGCUCCGAGAGAGAUGGCCCUCCCAUGGAGAAUGAGAUGUUUUUUUGCCAGCACUGUGAUUAUGGGAACCGGACGGUCAAAGGGGUCCUCAUUCAUUAUCAGAAGAAGCACCGAGACUUCAAGGCCAACGCGGACGUGAUCCGGCAGCACACAGCCACCAUCCGAAGCCUCUGCGACCGCAACCAGAAGAAGCCUGCCAGCUGCAUGCUGGUCUCCCCCUCGGGUGUGGAGCGGGACAAAACAAAACUGCGAGCGCUCAAGUGUAGGCAGUGCUCAUAUACCUCCCCCUACUUUUAUGCCCUGAGGAAGCAUAUCAAGAAAGACCACCCUGCCCUGAAGGCCACGGUCACGUCCAUCAUGCGAUGGGCAUUUCUAGAUGGCUUGAUAGAAGCUGGCUACCACUGCGAGUGGUGCAUCUAUUCCCACACAGAGCCAAGUGGUUUGCUCCUGCAUUACCAAAGGAGGCACCCCGAGCAUUACGUGGAUUAUACCUACAUGGCCACCAAGCUCUGGGCGGGGCCAGACCCGUCCCCUCCCUCUCUCACUAUGCCAGCUGAAGCCAAAACAUACAGAUGCAGAGACUGUGUUUUCGAAGCCCUCUCCAUCUGGGACAUCACCAAUCACUACCAAGCAUUCCACCCUUGGGCCAUGAACGGAGAUGAGUCGGUGCUGCUGGAUAUCAUCAAGGAGAAAGAUGCCGUGGAGAAUCCCAUGUCUUCCUCUGAAGACCUGGUGGGCACUGUGAAUUGUGAAAACAGUAUGCCCGGCCCACUCGCCGAGCAGGAAGCCGAAUGCCCCGAGGAUGCCAGGCUGUCCCCUGAGAAGACCAUCCAGCUUGCCUCAGCUAACCCCGCCAUCUCCUCCACCCCAUACCAGUGUACAGUGUGCCAGUCUGAAUAUAACAACCUGCACGGCCUUCUGACCCACUAUGGGAAGAAGCACCCAGGCAUGAAGGUGAAGGCUGCCGACUUUGCCCAGGACAUCGAUAUCAACCCCGGUGCUGUCUACAAAUGCAGGCACUGCCCUUAUAUCAACACCCGCAUCCACGGGGUCCUGACCCACUACCAGAAGCGACAUCCGUCCAUCAAGGUGACCGCAGAGGACUUCGUGCACGACGUGGAGCAGUCCACUGACAUAGCCCAGAACGACGUAGAGGAGACGAGCAGGAUCUUCAAGCAAGGGUACGGCGCCUAUCGCUGCAAACUGUGUCCCUACACACAUGGCACUUUGGAAAAACUCAAAAUCCACUAUGAGAAGUACCACAACCAGCCGGAAUUCGAUGUCUUUUCCCAGUCGCCCCCAAAGCUGCCCAUGUCCCUUGAGCCCGAGAUAACCACUGAAGUGAGCCCCUCCCAGGUCUCGGUGACGGAGGACGAGGUGGGAGAGGAGCCUGUGUCCACGUCUCACUUCGCUACCUCGCACCUCGUGUCCCACACUGUGUUCCGGUGCCAGCUGUGCAAGUACUUCUGCUCCACGCGGAAGGGCAUCGCCCGGCACUACCGCAUCAAGCACAACAACGUGCGUGCCCAGCCCGAGGGCAAGAACAACCUCUUCAAGUGCGCCCUGUGUGCCUACACGAACCCCAUCCGCAAAGGGCUGGCUGCCCACUACCAGAAGCGCCACGACAUCGACGCCUACUACACCCAUUGCCUGGCGGCCUCCAGAACCAUCAGCGACAAGCCCAACAAGGUGAUCAUCCCGUCGCCGCCCAAGGAUGACUCCCCGCCACUCAGCGAAGAGCUGCGGCGCGCCGUGGAGAAGAAGAAGUGCUCCCUGUGCGCCUUCCAGUCCUUCAGCAAGAAGGGCAUCGUGUCCCAUUACAUGAAGCGCCACCCGGGGGUCUUUCCCAAGAAGCAGCACGCCAGCAAGCUAGGAGGCUACUUCACCGCGGUCUACGCCGACGAGCACGAGAAGCCGAUGCUGAUGGAAGAUUCGGAAGAGAGAGGUGGCUUCGAGAAAGCCGAGGUGGAGGGAACCGAAGGGCAGGACAUCGAGUGGCUCCCGUUCCGCUGCAUCAAGUGCUUCAAGCUGUCCUUCAGCACGGCCGAGCUGCUGAGCAUGCACUACACGGACCACCAUAGCCGGGACCUCAAGAGGGACUUCGUCAUCCUGGGCGGCGGCCCCCGGCUGCAGGGCUCCGCCUACCAGUGCAAGCACUGCGAGAGCAGACUGCAGAGCACCGCCGAGCUGACCUCGCACUUGAACAUUCACAAUGAGGAAUUCCAGAAGCGUGCCAAACGUCAGGAGAGGAGGAAACAGCUUUUGAGCAAGCAGAAAUAUGCAGAUGGUGCUUUUGCAGAUUUCAAACAAGAGAGGCCUUUUGGUCACUUAGAAGAGGUGCCAAAGAUCAAGGAGAGGAAGGUGGUGGGCUACAAGUGUAAAUUCUGUGUGGAAGUGCAUCCGACGCUCCGAGCCAUCUGCAACCACCUCCGCAAGCACGUCCAGUACGGCAGUGUCCCCGCCGUGUCCGCCGCCGUGAAGCAGGAGGCUGAAGACCCUUCCCACUUGUUCCUGGAUGGACUGGAAGCAGCCAAAGAUGCCACUGGCGCCCUGGUGGACCGGGUGGAUGGUGAACACUGCUUGCUUGAUGGAAUGUUGGAGGAUGAAACCCGGCCGGGGGGAUACCAUUGUAGUCAAUGUGACAGAGUCCUGAUGUCCAUGCAGGGGCUGCGUUCUCAUGAGAGGAGCCAUCUGGCCCUGGCCAUGUUUACCCGCGAGGACAAGUACAGCUGCCAGUAUUGCUCCUUUGUUUCUGCUUUCAGGCACAACUUGGAUCGCCAUAUGCAAACCCACCACGGACACCAUAAACCAUUCCGAUGCAAACUCUGCUCCUUCAAGUCCUCCUACAACAGCCGGCUGAAGACACACGUCCUCAAAGCCCAUGCUGGUGAGCAUGCCUACAAGUGUUCUUGGUGCUCCUUUUCCACCAUGACAAUCAGCCAGCUGAAGGAACACUCCCUCAAGGUCCACGGAAAAGCCCUGACCCUCCCCAGGCCACGAAUUGUCAGUCUCCUUUCCUCGCACGCCCACCACUCCUCCCAAAAAGCCACCCCAGCCGAAGAAGUGGAAGAUUCCAAUGACUCAUCCUACUCUGAGCCUCCAGAUGUUCAGCAGCAGUUGAACCACUAUCAGUCCGCUGCUCUGGCAAGAAACAACAGCCGUGUGAGCCCCGUGCCUCUUUCUGGGGCCGCGGGGGGCGCUGAGCAGAAAACAGAAGCCAUUCUUCACUGCGAAUUCUGUGAAUUCUCCUCUGGCUAUAUCCAGAGCAUCAGGCGCCAUUACAGGGACAAGCAUGGCGGGAAGAAGCUCUUCAAGUGCAAAGACUGCUCCUUUUACACAGGCUUUAAAUCUGCUUUUACUAUGCACGUGGAAGCCGGGCAUUCGGCGGUCCCCGAGGAGGGCCCCAAAGAUCUCCGCUGUCCUCUCUGCCUCUAUCACACCAAAUACAAACGCAACAUGAUCGACCACAUUGUGCUGCACCGAGAAGAGCGGGUUGUCCCCAUUGAAGUGUGCCGAUCCAAACUGUCCAAAUACUUGCAGGGAGUAGUUUUCCGCUGUGAUAAGUGUACCUUCACCUGCUCCAGUGACGAGAGCCUCCAGCAACACAUAGAAAAGCACAAUGAACUGAAACCUUACAAAUGCCAGCUCUGCUACUAUGAGACCAAGCACACGGAAGAACUGGACAGCCACCUUCGGGAUGAGCAUAAGGUAAGCCGAAACUUUGAGCUGGUUGGACGGGUUAACUUGGAUCAGCUGGAACAGAUGAAGGAGAAGAUGGAGAGCUCUAGCAGUGAUGAUGAAGACAAGGAAGAAGAAAUGAACAGCAAGGCUGAUGACAGAGAUCUCUUGAGGUUUUCUGACCACGGGGCUGCUAUCAACACUGAGAAGCGUUUUCCAUGUGAAUUUUGCGGACGGGCGUUUUCCCAGGGCUCUGAGUGGGAAAGGCACGUGCUGAGACACGGCAUGGCAUUGAAUGACACCAAGCAGGUGAGCCGAGAAGAAAUCCACCUGAAGGGCAACAUGGAGGACAGUAUUAAGAUGCCCUCUAUAGAGGAAAAGGAAGAUGAUGAAACAAUCGGGAUAGACUUUUCCUUAAAGGACGAACCAGUAGCCAUCUGUGUCGUAGCUGCUGACAAAUCUCUCCUGGAGAAUGCAGAGGCCAAAAAAGAAUAAGCGUUUGGUGAAAUUCUUAAUCACCCCUUACUUGAACCAUGAUGAAAAAGAAAAGUGGGAGGGCCGGCUUGGGCUGAGAAGGGGGGGACAGAAAAGAGAAGACAGAACAAAGCUGCUUUUUAGGACUGAACAAUCUAUUUUCAAAGCACUGGUACCUGUGUGAGUGAGUAUGUAAAUUAAAGUUAUUUAAAUGGUUGGAAUAUGUGGCUCCUUUUCCAUCACUACACCUUUCCUUCCGGAUCUUCAUCGUGGAAGUUUCGUUUGUUGCGGAAGCACCGGAAGCACCUCCCUUGCACACCUGUGCAUUAUGGUGGUCUUGGACAGUAUGUGGAAACAGAAGCUCCGUGACAGUAGAAGACUUCUCUUAGGGGAACAACUUUUUGACGCACAACUUUUGGUGCGUUUUUCUAGUUUUAAUACCUUAAGCUUUUUCAAGACCUAACUGCAGCCGCUUUGGGAAAAAACAAACAGAAAAAAAACAAAAACAAAACAAAACAAAAAAACAGAAAACAAAAAAAAAAAACUGCUUUGCAUAAAACAGUCACCUGUUUCCUAGUACCUCAAACUUAACCAAGGGAAUUCUCUGCAUUUGUCAGUACUACCUGUCGUCAUUGUGGUUAAAUGUAGAGAGAACUGCUGGGCAAGAUGGUGAAUGGAGAAAAAAAAAAAAGAGUUUUAAAGAAAGGAACACAAAUUGUGCUUAAAAUCCCCACGUGGGUUUUAUUUCUUAAAAUACUGUGAUUUUUUUAAUUAUUUUAGUAAAAAACAAGACAAAAAAAAGAAACAGACUUUAAUUAUUAGAUAAAUGUUUGUGAAUUGUCAUCCUUUAUUCCAGGUAAGCUGUUUAUUAGUGUUCAACUAUAAUUUAGAAUUUGGUAGAUUUCAUGUGAGCUAAUUUUAAGGUGACUUUGGAGUUUUGUUUGCCACAUGUUUAUUUUCUAUCAGUUUGAGUGUUACAAACACAGCACAAUUCAGUUUUCAUAUAAAUUGUUUUUUGUGUGUGUGUUGUUAUUUUGUUUUGAUUUGGGGGCAAGGGAGAUUUAGUUUUUUGUGAAUAGGUAUGUUUUUAUUUUAAACAUGGAAAUAACAAAGAAGUUAACGUUUUUUUAAUUUAACUAAAGAACCAAACUUUUCGGCACCUCUAUGCAGCUUGUGGGCCAGACGAGGAAGUCCUCUUCACCCUUUCGUUGCUGUCAAAUAUACACAUUAUCCGUCUCACACAAAUAAUCUCUGUUAGGAUGGGCUGGCUUAUGUGUGUGAUUUCUAAAUCUGUGUUCUGUUUUUGUUUGCAUUGUGGGGUUUUUUUGGGGGGGAGGGGAUUCUCAUUUAUUUUUCAGGACAAGGGGAUGUGUCAAAUCCCAUCCCUUUGGUGAGAGUGUUCAAGAAAUACUUAUAUCCUACAAGGAGCCUGGAGAACUACUUUUUGUUUUUUUUUUUUUAAUCUAGCUGCCAGCUGCUCUGUUUCCCCAUAUUAGCUUUUUCAGGAGGGAGCAGCUUAGACGAAAUCUAAGUCUACAUUUAUAAUACGUUCUGAUUGUGAACAAAGGAUUUCGUUCCAAAAAAGUAGAACUUGCCUUGAAUCCUAGGUUUUAGAAGCCUGUGUGUGAGAGAGCUUGGAUGUGUGUGUGGACAUGUGUGUGUGUGCAAGUCCUUUGGUUUUCAUGAUUUUUUGUUUUGUUUUGUUUUUUUUAACUUGGAAGGGUUGGGGGAGGGGGGAGAAAGGGAAGGGAAUUGCUGAGAUGACAGUGUCCCACACAGCUUCAAAUAAAAUCCAUGGAAAGAUAUUGCAUUUGUGGAAUAAGUGCUUACUUGAAAAGCAUGUUCUUCUUUUAUUUUCUUGCUGUUAAGAAUUUUUAUUUGUGGGUGUUUGUUUUAAUUUAAGUUUUUUUUUUUUAGGGAUGGGGGCCAUCAUGUGGAAAACCAGAAUAUGGGGAAAGUGUGAACUAUCUAGACAAAGAUUCAUUUUGUGUCCAUAUUUGUUUUUAAUUGGCCUCAUUUCAAAUGUGCUAAACAGUUCCAUACCUGGAUUGGGUGUUUGUAAUGGUUACCAAAAAAGCAAAAAAAAAAAAAAAAAAGGAAGAAAAAAGGAAAGAAAAAAGGAAAAAAAGAAAAUAAUUGUGACAUGCUUUUAUCACUACUUUAUUUUUCAAAUAACAUGUAAAUAUUGUAAUCCAUUGGAUUUUGUUUUGCUAACCUGUUAAUAAAAAUAUGGGACCAUUAUCCUUUUAACAAGGCUAGAAUGUCAUUUUUUUUUCUUUUUUCAAACAUAUACCUGAUAUUUUGUGGCCGCACAUUUUGGAUGCAUUAUUAUAAUUCUGUUGACUGUAAUGACAUAGAAUUUACAACAUUUUUUUUGUUUAAUUUAUACAGAGGACAUUUUUUUUCAGAGCUUGAGAGAAGAAAAUAAAUAGCAAAAUGAUAACCUAUUGACUCCAAUAAUCAGUGUUUCCCAAAACUUGAUAAAAGAUAGGGAGAUCCUGAGUUCUUGAAGCCAAGGGUUUAAAAAAAACAACAAAAAACACACAAGUAGGUUAUUCAAGUUGUUUGCAACAUACAUUUUGUAAUGAAAUGUGAGAAAUUAAUAAAGAAUUUUUUUCACAUGUG